UCGAUGGUCCCCAACAAUUUUAUUAUUCUUUCCGGAAGGUGGAUAUUAUCCUACUUUUCUCCUUUUUUAAUCCCUUAUAUACAUAUUUCUUUAUUCUAAUCCUUAUUUUUCUAAUCACUUUAUUUUUGUUUUAACCACGUGUUUUUUUGUUUAGAUGUUUUAUAUCUUAUUUUUAAUCCCCUCCUACUACAUACCUUGCCUUUUUAAUAUUUUUUUUAUUUUUUUACACCACUUAAUAUUUUUUCUGAAAUAAAUAUAUUUUUUGCUUAUGGAUUAAAAAUACGUUCUCGGGAUGACACAAGCAACUUUGAUUCAGAAUUUACUGGAGAACAACCUAAAUUAACUCCUGUAGAUCGUCUUUUCCUCAUGAAUUUGGAUCAAGUAAACAAUUUUUUAUUUUAUGUAGUAGGAGCUUGUAUCGAGCUCGAUUUUUAUCAAUGCAAGGCAUCGAUAUACAAAAAUAUUUAAUUGACGAUACCAAGAGUACACUUCGAACUAAUUUUAGUAAUAUGUAUAACAUUAAAAAUAAAUUAUGUUAUAUUAAGCAGAAUCUUAGUAAUUAUAAAAUAUUCAGAUUUGAACAUACAUAUUUGAAAUUCUGCAAGAUUGAUAAAGAUCGAGCUCGGUGCUCAUACGGCCCUCCCAUUCCGUUUUCUUGUAUCGACUAUAACUUUACUAUUUCGAUAAUCGAAACGGCACGUUCAAUACUACCAUACAUUUCUAACAUUUAUUCCUAA